AUGACGGGACGAACCAUCUAUCAGACCGAUGUGGACGUCGCCUUCCUCAAUUCUCCCUUGCCGUACCCUGUGUUUGUCAGAUGUCCUGAAGGAUUUGAGAUACCUGGAAAGGUCUGGCGCUUGAAAAGGGCCCUGUAUGGCUUGAAAGAAGCCCCUCGCGCGUGGAAUACGACGCUUGUCAAGUUCCUGAAGGACAAUGGGUUCGAACAGUGCCUCUGUGACCCGUGCAUCUUCAUUCAUCGGCCGACUGACCUCUGGGUGGUGUUUGUAGUGGAUGACAUCCUCUACGCCCCCAUGUCAGGCCGCGACGCGGACGCCGAUUGGUUUCGUGAGCUCCUCAACCGCGAGUACGGUAUCAAAGACCUGGGAAAGGCAGAUGUGUUUGUGGGCAUCAAGAUUGAGCGUGAUCCGCUCACCGGCGAGAUGAAGCUCUCGCAGCGGGCGUACAUCGAGAAGAUCCUCAAGCGCUUCCGAUGGGAGCAUUCCAACCCCGCGUCGACACCAGUGGCGAGCGGAGUGAAGCUCAGCAAAGACCACUGCCCCAGCACACCUGAGGAGAAAGAAUGGAGCGCUUCCAUGCAAGCCGUGUAUCGGCAGGCGGUGGGAACACUGCUGUACCUGGCUGUGACGACGAGGCCCGACAUCUCGUAUGCAGUCAAGGAGGUGGCGAUGUACUGCCACAAUCCAGGGCGGAAGCACUGGACGGCCGUAAAGCGCAUCUUUCGGUACCUGAAGGGCACCAAGGAUCACGGAAUCAUAUUCAAGCCAGGCGAUGUGAAUCAUCUCUCAGUGCUUGGCUACGCUGAUGCGAGCCACGCUGACCUGGACAACGGGAAGAGCACUGGCGGCUUUGCCCUCUACUUGGGUGGAAACCUUGUGUCGUGGAGGAGCCGCAAUCAGACCCUGGUUGCUCUGAGUACCUGUGAAGCAGAGUACAUCGCUCUGAAUGAGUGCGCCAGAGAUCUGGUGUUUGUCAGGCAACUAGCUGACUUCUUUCGCCUACCUGUGCAGCGAGCGAAGCUCAUCACAGACAACAGAGGCGCUGGGUCGGUCUCCUACAACGAGGAAGUCAAGCAGAGAACACGUCACAUACUGGUGCGAUAUCACUUUGUGCGUGAUCUGGUCCUGAAAGGACAGCUCUGCGUCCACUGGAUUGCUUCGAGCGAGAAUACUGCUGACAUCUUCACGAAGGGCCUCGACGAGGCGCAGCACGCUCAUUUGAGGAUGAAACUCCUCAACAAUCCUGUGUUCGACGACGAAGGGACACCGAUGGUGCCCGACGAGCCGCACGACAAGGUGCUGAUGGCGCCUGAUCAGUCACACAGCGCAAACACAGACUCACACGCCGCUGAAUGCGCCCUGUGCUGCUUUCUGCGUUAUGGUUCUGUCUGCUGA